CUCUCGUGUAUAUGCAGCAUUUGUGUUUUUUCAAACUAGAAACUGUGGUAAAGUUAACGGAGAAAUAAUGUAAAAUGUCGUGUUCAAUUUUCAUACAUGGUGUUAUUGUACAUAUUGCUUUCUCGCUCAUUUUCCUCAGAGCUGUUGCUAAGCGACAAGAUGGUUUCCGUUAAAAUGUAUUUCUCUCCAAACCUAAAUUUCAACUCAGCGAUUUGUUUAAAGUUUCACCAGAAUAGUCCCUCUCUCACCAGAUGAGGAGGGUGGCUGAAGGUUUAAAAGAAAUAAAAGAAGUCAAAUCUGCCUUGCAGUUUCCCAUAUGCACAAAGCCACCCCAGUCGAAUUGCAAAAAAAUGGGCGGUGAACUUCCUCUCUACAUGAUUGAGAUGUAUCAGCCAUUCACCGAUACAACACGUUUCAGCCAAAGGCGACCACCCAUCCACCCAAUUGAGGAUGACUCUGUCUGGUAUAUUGAUGAGCCUGAAAAGAAAUAUAUCAACAUUCAUUCUUGUGUGAGAAGUGGAGAUCAAGAUUCUCUUAGCCUGGCAUUCAUCAAAAAUGUGCCUGUUGAUGUCACAGACGAAUUUUCUAUCACACCUCUCAUGACAGCUUGCAGCAGUGGCAACUACCAAAUAGCAAAAUUCCUCAUAGAACUGGGAGCCAAUGUCAAAGCAGCUGACCAGGUUAACCAGACACCUCUCCACUAUGCUUGCCAUGAAGGACAUGUGGACAUUAUUCGCAUGUUGGUGGAAUCUGGAGCGACGGUGGAUUCAGUAUCAACGAUUGGUGAAACUCCACUCAUGAGAGCUAUUAAAUACUGUAGAUUCAGUUGUGUGGAGUAUCUUAUCAGAUCUGGAGCCAAUGUUAUGGCACAAAACAAGCAAGAGCAGAAUUGUUUGGACAUUGCCAGAAAUUAUGGUUGUGGUAUAAUCAUUGACGUGAUCAGUGCCAAGUAUGACAGUCUUUCAAGAAUCAAAAACAAUAAGAAGGUUUCAAAACCAGCAUCUUCAAAACAAAAGAAGAUGAAUGUUCAAGUAACAGCAUCACCAGUUUCAGCUGCGGCGAAACAGGGAGUGAAAAAGAACCUUAAGAAAAAGGUUUCAAAACCAGCGUUUUCUGAACAAAAGAAGUUGAAUAUUCAGGUACCACCGCCAUUAAUUUCAGCUGCAGCAAAACAGGACCUGAAAGAAAACAUCAUAUUAAAGAACCCAAAGUUCACUAUGAGACAUGCAAGCAAAAAUGACAUCAGCUUUGUCCCCAAAACCCGGUGGGGAAAGCAGCUUACCAAUACUUCACAACACAUUUGAAGAAAGAGAGCUCUUUCCAAGAAAAUUACUCCCAAGAACCUCAUUCCCUAUAAAAAGCGCAUUACAGAGCGGAAUGGGAUGGAAGACAAAAGACUAAUAAAUGAAAUCUGUCAGCACAAUAGCAGUAAUAACUUCA